CAGUAGAGAGAGAGUGAGUGAGAGUGAGGUCAGUAGAGAGAGAGAGAGAGAGAGCCAAUUUGCUUCCAUCUUCGUUUCAUUCAUGGGCUGCUCUGCUUCAAGGCUCGACGCUAUCCUCAGCAAGUACCUAGAAGAAGACCACAAGUCUCCGUCCUCUUCUUCUCUGGAUUCCACUGCCACCACUCUCUCCCUGGACUCAUCGCCGCUCAAGAAGCCUCGAGCCCUCUCUCUCCCCUCCCCGCUCGUACACCACCCGGCUCUCCGGAAGGGCGACACCCACCACCUGGUCUGUCUCACCUCCACCACCUACGGCUCCCUCCGCCUCACCAACCCGGCCAAAACCCCGACAUUCGCCUCCGGGAGCCCCGAUUUUUCCGGCCGAAACACGGGCCGUGGCGACGGCGCCCCGGCCGACGGCGAUGCGAAGGAGUCCCUCUCGUCGGACUCCGUCAUCAACACUUGGGAGCUCAUGGACGGUCUCGACGACUCCGAUUUCGUCUCCGGGAAUCCCUCCGGUAAGCUGCGUUCUUCGGAUUACGGCUUUGCAACGAAACCCAGUUCCUGUAGGUACACUAGCUUUGAUGGGUCUGUUAGGAACGUGCGUGAUUCGUCAUCUUUUCCGGUGAAGUUGUCGGAGAUGUUGGCGAUAAGCCCCUCAUGGGAGACGAAGCCGCUGUGGAAGCAUUUGUCUGAGGAAGCUCUGUUGGCCAAGAUGGACCCCAACGUGGUGUAUAGUUACAGGCGUGCGUUGUGUUCUAGGCAAUCGGAGAGCAAUCCGAGCCAAACACGAACGGUUGGGCCUGCAAGACCGGCCACUGCUAACACUUUGGCAUGUGAUGAUCAGAACUGGAUGAGAGGCGCAGAAGAUAAAGUCUUGUUCUAUUUCACUAGUUUGAGAGGAAUUAGGAAGACUUACGAGGAUUGCUGUGCUGUGAGAAUGAUACUUAAGGGAUUCAGAGUGCAUGUGGAUGAGAGGGACAUUUCCAUGGAUUCUUCGUACAAGAGCGAGCUGCAGGGCGCGCUUAGAGGGAAGGCGCUUAGCUUGCCUCAAGUUUUUGUUAGGGGGAAACAUGUCGGUGGGGCUGAGGAGAUUAAGCAACUCAAUGAGGCUGGUGAGAUGGCGAAGCUCUUGGACGGAUUGCCUGUCAAAGAUUCGGGAUCCGUCUGUGAGACUUGUGGGGAUGCGAGAUUCGUGCCCUGCUCCAGCUGUGAUGGUAGUAGGAAGGUAUUUGAUGAGGACGAAGGGCAGACUCGGAGGUGCCUGGAUUGCAAUGAGAAUGGGUUGAUUCGGUGCUAUAGUUGCUGCCUCUGAACUCGGGUAAUCACUUCUAUGUGUAAAUUUUUGGUCCUAAUCCCUGCUCUAUUGCUCGAGCCAUGUUGAGAUAUGGCUGGACUCUGUCGAGAGUUGUAGAUUGGCAGUGUUAAUAACCAAUGGUGGUAGAUAGAAUCGUUCAUUUGCCCCUAUGAACUCCGUGAAUAAGACUACUGGUUUUUCUGC